UGCAGUGGAGCUGCGGUUGGUCCUGCUGUGUGUCUGUGUACCUUUUGGGAAGAUACAUGAACUUAAACGGAGGACAAGUAAAAGCGACUCACUCAGUUUUUCAUUACAUAUUUGUCGUCGUUCUUUCUUUUGCUGAAUCAUGUUAGCUACGUUAAGCUAAUCAAGCUAGCUGGCAUUCUACAGUGAGGAAGAAGGACACUAAUAAUGGAUCAUGAUGGCUUCAAAUUCUGCAGUUGAAAAAGCAACAUGGCAUGAAGGUGACAGUUGUCUGGCUCCUGACCCAAGAGAUGGCACCCUGCGAGAAACCACCAUUAAGAGACUGACCUCCACCUCUCAUAAUAAUGAUACCACAGCAUGGGUGGUAUUCACUGACCAUAAUAAAGAUGCAGAAGAAGAGGAAGAAGAAGAAGUGGAAGCUGUACCUGUCUCCAAACUCAUGAGACCGGGCUUGAAUCCCUUCACCCGGGAGAAACCUGUGUUUCCCAGCAGCACCACAGACACCAGGCUAUGUGUCCCCUUAGAGUUGAGUGAUGCUGAUGGGGACAUAGUCCCCUACACUAUCAACCGAUACCUGAGGGAUUACCAGAGAGAAGGUAUUAGGUUCAUAUACAACAACUACAUCUGUUCCAGAGGUUGUAUCCUGGGGGAUGACAUGGGCCUGGGAAAAACUGUACAGGUCAUUGGUUUCCUUGCUGCUGUGUUGCACAAAACAGGCACGUGGGAGGACAUCGAGAACAACAGGCCUCAGUUUCUGCAGAGUCAGAUACCCUCCAAGCAAAGUAAACCCAACAAAUUGUUCCUCAUUGUGGCCCCACUGUCAGUGCUUUACAACUGGAAAGAUGAACUGGACACAUGGGGUCAUUUCCAGUGUGUGGUGGUCCACGGGCUGAAGAAAGAGGAGGAGCUGGCUCGCAUCAAAAAGGGACGCAUUGAGAUUGCACUCACUACCUAUGAGACUCUGCGCCUUUGUCUGGAUCAGUUUAAUAACAUAGACUGGUCUGCUGUGAUUGUGGAUGAAGCCCACAAGAUAAAGAAUCCAAACUCUCAGAUCACUCAGGCCAUGAAGGAUCUGAAAUGUAAGAUCAGAGUUGGCCUCACUGGCACCAUCUUACAGAACAACCUUGAGGAGCUGUGGUGUGUCAUGGACUGGGCCAUACCUGGUUGUCUUGGCAGCUUAGGACAUUUCAAGAACAGUAUUUCAGAUCCGAUUGAGCAAGCCCAGAGGCACAGUGCAACCAAACGUGCCCUAGCUAUAGGGAGGAAGACCAUCAGAGCCCUAGUGAGGAAGAUUUCCAAGUGGUUCCUCAGAAGGACUAAAGCUCUCAUUAAGGAACAACUGCCUAAGAAGGAUGACCGGGUAGUGUAUUGCUCUCUGACAGACUUUCAGCAGACUGUGUAUCAGACAGUGCUGGACACUGAAGAUGUGAUGUUAAUGCUGAGGUCUUUGGAGAAAUGUGACUGUCAAAGUGGACGCACCCGGGGAAGAUGCUGCUAUGAUACAAACUCAGAAGGGGCACAAAUGAAGGCGCUGUACUUUAGUUACCUGGCCAUAUUGAGGAAGGUUGCCAACCAUGCGGCACUGCUUCAGUGCACUGCAGGCACCAGCAAGAAACAGGAGAAGUAUGUGGGUGGCAUCUGUGCAAAGGUAUUCCAAAAGUUUCCAGACUUUGUGCAGAGAUGCAAAGAUGAAGCAUUUGAGUCCUUGUCGGACCCGAUGUACAGCGGAAAGAUGAAGGUUUUGCAGAAGCUGCUGAAACAUUACUUGCAAAGGAGAGAUAAAAUACUUAUUUUUUCUCUCUCAACCAAGCUGUUAGACGUGCUGGAGAGCUACUGCAUGGCAGAGGGGCUGGACUACAGCAGGUUGGACGGAACAACCAAAUCCAAAGACAGAAUGCAGAUUGUCAAAGAGUUCAACAGCUCCACUCGCAUCAACCUCUGCCUGGUUUCCACCAUGGCGGGUGGCCUUGGUCUUAACUUCAUAGGGGCCAAUGUGGUAGUGCUCUUUGACCCCACAUGGAACCCAGCCAAUGACCUCCAAGCUAUUGACAGGGCAUAUCGUAUUGGCCAGUGCAGGGAUGUGACUGUUCUUAGGCUGAUCUCAUUGGGGACUGUAGAAGAGGUUAUCUACCUAAGACAAGUUUACAAACAGCAAUUGCAGUGCUCAGUUGUGGGCAAGGAGAGUGCGCGGCGGUACUUUGAGGCAGUGCAGGGCCAUGGUGUCCAUAAGGGGGAGCUGUUUGGGAUCAAAAACCUCUUCAGGCUGCAGACCCAAGGGACAUGCCUCACCCGCAAGAUACUGGAGCGAGAAGGACGAGUGGAGGCCGGUGUAAUGACCAGCAGCACACACACAGGCGAAGAGAAUGAGGAGGAGACGAAGGCACUUAGCGAACCUAGAGGUUUUCCCGCUAUAAAUGGCCCUGUGCCGAAUGAUGAACCAGCCAAGGAUAACAGAAAUGCAUCAAAGGUCCCCAGAGGGGUGUUGGACUUCAGCAGUGGGAGUGAAGAGGAUGAGGAGGAGCAGGGUCCCAAGAGGAAAGUGUCAAAGCCCAGUGCAGUGGAUGGCAACAGGGGUGCAAAUGCUGCCACUGGUCCUGGUCGAAUGAGUCUUCUCCAGCACGGUUUCUCUAGGCUCCUCGAAAGGGUCAAAGAAAAACCAGAGUUAGCAGAAGGGGACAGUAGUCCGGGGUUCGAAAGCCCCCCUGAGGAAGAUGCUGAGGAUCAAAAGAUUGAAAGUACCUCCUCUGGCAUCUGCAAGAGCUCCAAUAUAGGAAAUGGUGCAGCCUGUCUCCCUAAAUUGAAAACAACAACCUGGGACAUCUCCAGCAGAGAAGAUGGGGAGAAUGGAGAUGCGGGGAGACAAGAAAGGGUGUCUCUGUUGAAACAGAGUAAUGAUGCUUUAAGAAAGAGAAAGGGCCUGGAAGGGUGGACGGAUAAGAAAAUUACAGUAGAUGAGGAGAGUGAUGAAAAUUCCUCACCAGAUAAGAAGAAACCCAACAAGCUCAAAACUCCAGUUCCGAAAGUGCGCUGCUUUGAGAGUUACUCCGAUGAAUCCGAGGAUUUGGACAUAGAGGCAAAGACGUGGCCCAAGAGGGACGCUUUCAAAUCACAUGGUAGAGGACGUGACCAUGGGAGACAGAGGUUGGACCACAACAGAAAGCGGGAAAGCGCAAGUGUUGGGCGCAAGGCCAGAUCCAAAUACACAGAAGACAUAGACACAUUCACAUCAUCCUCAGAAGAUGAACACACUCCUGUUAAGAAAGGGAGAUCUACAGGAUGUCACUUCACAUCUCCACAGACCGAAAGAUACCGAGUUGAGUUGCCAAAAGAUGGUCAAAGAGCUGCAACAACCGACAGGACAGAGAGACAAGCAGAGAUGUGCAAAGCUGUGUCAUUUACAAGUCUGAAAAGUCAGACAUCCCCGGCGUCCAAAGAAAAGGAUGGAACUAUCGACAGUGUGCUAGGGGGUGUACAAGAGGUGGCGUACACCCACUCUAACCAGCGAGUGGUGGGCGGGAGCAAAGCAGAGGAGCGGAUCAGCAGAGCUGCUGUACGAGACGUGUUUGAGCGCAAGAUGUACUCUCAGCUCCCGGCCAAUCACCUUCUAGGAACCCAGGAGAGCCUUUCAUCGAGCCCGCCAGACAGUCAGCCUUGCCCUUCUACUGUCAGACUUGAGGAGCCCAGUGUGGACCAUCCAGUCACCUACACCAACAAAAGUGUGCAUCACACCAGACACACCACUUUUAUCAUCGGAGAGACUCCCCAGGCCAUAUGCAGGCAGCAGCUGGAGGAAAUGGCAGAAACCUUCAAAUUUGCCUCAGUCCAUCGGUUUGCGGUGGAGAUACUAAGAGGAAACUCAACCCAGAGACUGGCCUGGCUACGACAGUAUUACACUUCACUGAACCACCCUGACCUGGCCAAUACAGUCACAAACAACUUCCCACAACCUGAUUCAGCACAGACCUCCUCCUCUUUAACGAUUACCUCCUUAACAUCCACCGUAACAGCCGCAAAAUCUCACACACAUACCGAAACCCCACAAAAGCAUGUUCCAAAAGCUAAGUGGAAGCCUGAAGACACUCCUAAGAAUACUGAACCUAAAACUAAGCCUGAAACCCCCCAAAUCAACGUUUCUGUACCACAGAAACAGUCUAGACACCAAGAAGAUGAUGUUCCCGAAUCCCAGACAAAGCAUGGAAACCCACAAAAAAAUGUUCUAUCAACCCAGAAAAAGCAAAAGAUCCCACAAAAGAAUGUCCUAGAACCUCUUAAUGAUGUUCCAAGCCUUGAGUCCGAGGAGCAGGAGGAGCCGGUCUGCAGUGCCAGAGGACAUAAGAGGACAAAGAGGGGUAGUGUUUCUAGUUCUGGAGCCUUCAGAGCUGGUGGUGGUCUUGGCUUGGAUCAGGCCAGCAGCAGUGGUCUGGGGUCUGGGGAGGCUGCUGCUUUGCUGAACUGCACAGACAGAUAUAUCCCUUCUUCUCCGGACCUCAGCCAUGGCAGGUCCACCACAUUAUCCAAACCCACAGCACAGGGAAGGGAGCAAAAGCAAAAAUUGCCUUCAAGAACCAGCGCAACUAUCCAAGACCAGAGAGAAAAUCGUCAGACCUCUUCUCCUCCUGAGCAGGCCGCAUCCACCUCCAGUCAUCGUUCCCUCCUCACAGAUCUGAUAGGAGACACCUCAAUCCUUGAUGAUCUGUUAAAACCCAAACCCAGGGGUGCACAACAGAGAGGCGCCCCAAAAACACCCCCUGCUCGCCCCUCCGUGUCAGUAAGCACAGGUUUCACCACACCAUCUCCAUCCAAAAUCACUCUCAAAACUGAUUCCGGUUUAGCAGGCCUCGUAGACUCCUUGUGCUCUCCAAACUCAAACAAAUCACGUGCACACCAGGUGGUAUCAAAGGGCACUCGCAAAGAUUUCUGGGACAUCUUGAAUGAGGGUAAUGAGGAGAGCAUCAACAGGUUAACGGAUCCAGCAGAAGUGCAGAGGGUUUGCAUCAACACUAACUUUGCAGCAAGAGGUAGGUCUGGAGAAGAGGACAGCAAGAGUCUCUGGAAGACUAAUGAGAAGUUCCUGUGGAAAAAGUAAAACAGGAGAGAUGAUUUAACUAGCGUUAAAAGUUUAUUUUUCCCUUCUGUACUUUCUACUUCCGCAGUUCUAAAUGGAUAUUUAAAGCAGGUUUUCCUGCCUCAGAUCUUUAUUAUUUUUAAAUCUCAUUUGUACCGUUCUUCUCUUUUAUUCACUCUAAUUAUUAGAAAAUAUUUGUGUUCAUUGAAUUAGUAAGUUACUAAUGCCGACUGUACUUGAAUAAACAGAGUGUUAAUCACUCUGGGAAUUUAAA